CACUAACUUGCACUGCCCCAUCUUAAAUUACUACACACCAGCCAACUUCUUGAGGGAUUUGGACCACCAUGAAUAACAAUUAUCGCCACAUAUUAUGAUGAAAACCUAGCUUGUUGACGUUUUGGGUCAACUCUUGAGCGAGUUUGAGAAUGGCAAAUUGGCCGUGGAGCGUUACCUCUCAAGCAGAACAGAGUUACGGAACCAUAACUGAAGUGAAGUCUGCGCUGCCGGUGGUCUCUAUCCAAUCAACAGAUCCAGAAGUAUGGCUACAAAUAGCACGACGGGCAUUGCAGGAGACGAGUGGGGUGCUCGUGAUAUCUGACUUAGAGAAGGAGUUGGACUGGAGAGAAGCGUGCAUUCUCGGCGACAUGCUUCUUAGGUCUUACAUGAGCGCCAGGCAACAUGAUCCAUUUGAUCUGCAUCCGGGUGUGGAUCUAGAGAAAGGGGAAGCCUGGAGCAGUAGCAAGCUGACUGUGCAGGAGCUAAAAUUCUUUCACCCCCAUGUAGACCAGGGCCUGUUCAACGUCGUCGUAGGAGCUCGGGCUGCUUUUCGGGCGUUAUUUGUUCAAAUAAAUGCAGAGCGUUUUGGUGGGAGUCCGUGUGUGUACGACUUGACUACAGGAGAGGAGAAUACACUGUUGGGUGUUGUGAUUCCAGGCUACAGUAUGCACGCGUAUGAGGCGAAGGUGCCAAGUCCCACUCACUGGGUGCUGCACAGGGAUGACACCGGGCGACAAACGCAGUUGUUCCGACGUCGACUCCGGCCCGACUACGUGGUGGCAGGGGCGGCUAUUCAGCAGACGUUGCAGACCCUGCAGAAACGCGAGGAAGUGCGGUUUGACUGACUCGGACUCGCGGGGGAGAGAGAGAGAGAGAGAGCGAGCGCGAGAGAGAAGGGAGGAAUGUGGUGGCCUCCCUCCCCCGCCCCUCCUCCGUCCCGUCCCGUUUGUCCGCGAGGAGGGAGGAUGCAUGGAUGUGAGGCAGAGCAGUAUGAACACAUGCAAAUAUAGGCACAGCUGAGGAAGGAAGGAAGAACUCAAUACAGACAGAAAGACAGACACAGAGAGAGAGAGAGCGAGAGAGAGACAGUCCCUCCCUCCCUCCCGCCACUACUCCAUUGCUCUCUGUGCAUCCUCACUCUCAAAUGUCCAUUUGUGGUCCAUGUGAAUGCAAAGUGGUGCUUUUUGCUCUCUA